AUGAAUUUGGCGAAAGGAGAUGAGACUGCCAGCGGCUUGCCAAACAGACCACGGUCGGCCAAUCACGAUCAGGCUUGCACCGAAGAUCAAGGUGAGCGUGGUCGAGAACCCCCUCGCAGCACGCGUCUGAACGACUGGGCACGGAAACCAUUCAAAUCGCUUCUGGCAAGAAUAGGGAAAGUGUCAAAUUCACAGAUCAAGCAGCAGGAACAGGCUGUUGACGCUGGCGUGGGAGCCUCGUCGGCUUCCAAGGUUCUGACUUCGCAGAUUACACAGCAUAAGCAGACGGUCAAAUCUAGCGUAGGAGCCUCGUCGGCUUUCGUGGUUCCAACUUCACACAAUAAGCAGCAGGAGCAGCUAGAUAACUCUGGCGAGGGAGCCUUCUCGGCUUCCAAGGUUCCGGAGAAACAACUUCAUAGUAGUGCCCGCUCCCGGAAUUCAGGUGACGAAGGCUCGACCUCAAAAACGUGCUUAGAGGCUGCAAUAGAACAGAUUAAUUUUAAGAGCCCAGGUUUACAACUUGCCAGUGAUGACAAUAACGCCAAGAUCGCACAAAGAAUAUCUGAACAACUUAAAUAUCUGAAAAAGAGUCAAACUCGUACCAAAAACGUCGUUCAGAAUACUAUUCGAUACAUUCUAGUUUUUAAGGGCCUUGCGAAUUCUUUUACAGCCUUUGAUCCUACGAAAGGGUCUCGUAUCGUCGUGGGUGGACUUUAUGGGAUAUUAGAGACUAUCCUGCAAUCAACAAAUUUGGAUGAACAAAAAAUCCAAGACAUUGAUACUGUAGCGUCCAAACUGGCCUACUGGGCAAACAUCGAAAAGUUGUAUUUGAAUACCCAACAGAGCAAAGUGGCUAGCUACUUAGAGGAGCUACGCUGCAGUAUAGUGGAACUUUAUACAAAGUUCCUCAAUAUGGAGAGGCUGGUGCUGUUCAAGAAACGAAAUAACGUUUUCGGCAAGCCAACCCACUACCAUCUUGGUGCGGUUGCCAAAGCACCCACGGAGGCACCCAACUGGGCCAAGUUGAUUAAUGAAUUCAGAGUGUCCCAAUCAAAUUGCGAAACGAAACUUAGCAUACUGAAAGAUAGCCUUGGAAAGCGCAAAGACAUACUCGAGUGGUUGUCCGCUGCCGAUCCGCUAUCGGAACACGAGAAAAUCCUUCAGCGAACUCAUGUAGCGGACAACUAUCAACAAUGUGGCGAAUGGCUAUUAGAAACCCAGGAAUACGUAGAUUGGGCUUCUGAAGACUAUUCCAAAACAGAUUCUGUUUUGUGGCUUCGAGGUACAGUUGGAACUGGGAAAACAACAGUUCUCGCACGCGUCAUAAAUUGGCAUCUUGAAAGGUCAUCACAAUUUCUCGAGCAUCGCUUUGCGUACGCCUACUGUUCCAGAGCGCAGGCGCUAGACAGCAAGACCUCUUAUAUUGCAAUUCUUAGGUCCUUGCUUCGACAAGCCUCUUUUAACCAACUGACGGGUGAAUGCCCUGAUAACAUAGUAGCAUUUUUCAACGAUAGAAGUCAGAGUGGAAAAGCAGCACCCUUAGAAAUUGUGUCUCACAUUUUGGAACAGCUCACAGCAAUCCUACUAGCUGGUGUCAGACUUCGUGUGAUGAUUGAUGCACUCGAUGAGUGUGAUGCGCCAAUACUACUGUUAGAAGCCCUUGCCAAAUUAUAUCAAGAAACGCCCAAGAACCUGGAGAUACUGAUGACCAGUCGACAUGAAGUUAUGGUUAAGGAUAUAGAUACAUUUGGCCACUGUCGAGAGAUCAACCUGAACACUUUCUUAACUCGUGCGGACAUGGAGAACUUUAUCAAUCUCGAAGUCAGAGGCCGAGAAAAACAUUCUAGGCUGUUAAAAGGCGAACACCCAGAUUUGGAAAACAGGCUGAUUAAGGUUCUUGAGAUGAAAGCUGGCGGAAUGUUCCGCUGGGUCCAGUUACAGUUGUCAUUAUUUCUGGCAAACAACAAACUUAAUCACCCCAAGGAUGUCGAGAAGAAACUGGCCUUAUUAGAAGCCGGCUCCGUAGCCGGCGUAGAAGAGCUUAAUCAGGCUUACGCCGAUGUUUUUAAGCGGAAUACACCACAAGGCGACAUUGAAAAAGGCCAUGCGGUCAAACUUUACAAAAUCCUACUUUGCCGCAAGGAUGGACUCACGGCAGCUGCAUUAGCUGAAGCGUUGGCUUUUGAUGAGAAUGAAGCCGAGCAUUGGAUGUACGAUGACAUAUGGGAGAUGGCUGACAUAGACAAGAAAGUUAUGGACAGUACAGUGACCGGUGCAUACGUUCUCGGUCUUUGUCGCGAUUUUGUGACUGAAUUUGACGAUGAUUCGUUGGAUUUUGCACACAUUUCGGUGAAGGAUUACCUUCAGGGCGAAGGAACGGGAAGCCUGCCGGAAGAUCAGUUCUCGACGGCACACUGCACACAGCAAAUGGCCAAGCUUUGUUUGAGAUAUUUUAUCACAAGGAACGAAGAACCGCCCAUAGCACCAGCCGGAUGGCGAUCACCCACGCAUAAUUUUAUGUUUUACGCGUGGGAGAGAUUGGGAGAACACUGCUCUGAGCUGAGCAAAGAAUUGCGUGUUGAGUCUGGAAUUACCGCCGACCUUGUGAAUUGGAUGCAGGUUGCGAAGGGCCGCAACCCGUUUACCAACUUCCUAAAACUAGGUCGGUCACACAUGGCCUCCUUAUUGAAUCAUGUUCUUCAGUCAGACAGCAACAGUGCGAUAUUUGCCGCGUGUGCCUGGAAUUUGGUCGAGGUCGUCGAGAGUUUGAUCGUUACAUACCCAGGGUAUAUUAACUUGCGGAAUGUGCAGGAUUCCACACCACUCUAUCUAGCUUGCUGGUUGGGGAGGGCCCAAGUCGUCGAGUUGCUUCUUGAUCUGGAUUUGGCGGAUGUAGAAGGAAUAGGGACCAGCGGUUCUGCCCUCGACUGUUCCGCCUUGCAUGGCGCCAGUGACCCGGCAAUUGCCCAGCUGCUCUUGACGAAAUACCCUGAAUUAGUCCACAGUGUCGAUUCAUUAGGGCGCACACCACUAUUUGAAACUCAGCACAGUUGGGAAUGGGCGGCUUUAUUAGUGAAAGUCUACCUCGAGAAUGGCGCGAAUGUUGAUGCGACCGACAAUGAUGGGGAGACUGCCCUACAUGUAAAUCUAAGCAAUCCCGAAGCAACGCGGGUGCUUGCCGAGAAGGCCAAGGCCGAUGCUCGCGAUAAACAGGGACGAACCCCACUUCACAUAGCUGCCGAAAAUGCACUGCUACCAGCGGUCCAGAUCCUCACUCGCAGGACCACGGUCGAUCUGGCGGAUGAUGGGGGCAUGACCGCACUGCUUCAUGCAGCAGCCAACGAUAUGGAUGAAGAUGGAUAUAUCGAGACCAUUGAGCACCUUCUAGGCUUCGGUGCAUCGAUAUCGUCUACAAACAGUGAAGGCCAAGGUGUUGUACAUUUAGCUGAAAAUUCCCGAGUUGUUGAGUAUUUCCUGCGCAGCGACGCCCAUGCGCGCAAUCCCAGGGAUCAGCUAGAUGCGAAGGAUAAGGAUGGGGACACCCCAAUACUUCUGGCAGCACGCUUCACCAUGGUCGCAAAGAUGAUGACCUUGAUCGAAGCAGGGGCAGAUGUAAAAGAAAAGAAUAAUGCUGGUCAAAAUAGCCUUCAUCUGAUCAUGGGAGAUGCGAAAGUUAAUUUUCCGUCAGAUGCGUCGUAUGCUUCCCAUUUCUUGAAGCAUGAAUUGGAGAUUGCAACAAUUGUGCAGGCCUUGAUUUCCCGAGGCUGCGAUAUAAAACACAAAGACAAAGAUGGUAACCAACCAAUUCACUACAUCUUCGGUUCCGAAGCAAAUUAUAAUGCCUCGUCCAAUGACAUUCUUGCUCGAAUGCCUUUUGUAAAGUGCAAGCUAGCAUGUCUUGUCGAAGCAGGCGUCUCAGUUACAUGCCCGGACAAAGAAGAUAAGACCUUCAUCGAUCAUUUCCUGAGUUACCUAAAGCAUCACGAACGACAUAUAAUGGAAGAGCUUGAUGCUCCUUUUAAUCACGACUUCGUCACCGGACUUCCAAAUUUGUUGUCAUUUGUGGAACACUGUCUAAAGUUACAGGGCAGCUCAACUAGUACCUCGAGCGCCAUGGGGGAAAUUGGGCAGAUUAUCGAGCGACUGGAAGCAAGAAAACUAGAGCUUACAGUAGUUUCAUCGGACGAAUCAAGUGAAGUAUUUUCAUGGAACGAUUCAGUUGAGUGGCCGAAUGACUGGCCGAGGUAUGAUAUCCACGUCCUUUAA